AUGAAGUUUACCACUGUCGCGGCUUUUCUCUCGCUUAUCCCCGCCAGCUUUGCUGCCAACUCCGUUUUCAUCGGCCACGACGAGUACAUCAACUAUGGGCUGUCUGGCUACGGUUUCGUCCCCGGUGACGCUGUUGACAAGUACAAGGACACCAUCUCGUUCGGGUCGUCUAUCUCGCUGCACAAGCCAUCGUUGUCGGUCUCCAAAGGCGUGUACAGCUUUGUCACGUACAAUCUGCCAGACAGAGGCUGGAACACCAAUGGCACGCUAAACUAUGCUCCUAGAAUCCACAAGUACGGUGUCACCUUCACCCCGAAAAAUAGCUCCGACUCUGCCAAUUUGGUUUGGAACUACCAGGACACCAUUCUGCUCAAAGACUUCAACGGCCAGCUCAUGACGGGACUCGACUGCAACACCACCUUGCACCAAAACGGCCACACGCUGCCGGCUACCCAAUUUGUUGGAGACGGUUUUGGCGGCGGCCUAAACACGAACUCUACCACUACGCGGGUCUGUCUGGACCCUGAGGCUCUGAGAAUUGUCAAGAAUGACAUUUCCAACGGGUUCUGGAUCACGGACGAGUACGGACCUGGAAUUUUCAAAUUUGACUCCAACGGCACUCUGAUCGAUUACACCCUCCCGCCAGACGCCAUCAUCCCUUUCAGAAAUGACACAGUGUCUUUCAGCGCCAACUCGCCUCCGCUGUAUGAGGAUUACGACCUUGGCGACCCAGACUCUGGCCGUGGUAACAACCAGGGCUUCGAAGGGGCCGCCGUGUCACCUGACGGAAAGCACGUGUACGCCUUGCUCCAGUCUGCAGCCAUUCAAGAGGGUGGCUCCGAGAAGUACACGAGCGAGUAUGUGCGGAUGGUCAAGUACGACGUUUCUGGCUCUUCUCCUUUGUUGGAGGCAGAAUACGUGCUUAGACUGCCUACCUACGAGGACCCUGAAAAAGAAGCCGCAAAGAAUCCUCGCGUUGCUGCGCAGUCUGAGCUCGUGUACCUGAGUGACGAAAUUUUUAUGGUUCUGGCCAGAGACAGCGGGCGCGGAAGAGCACAGGACAACACCACGUCAAUCUACAGACAUGCAGACCUGUACUCCAUUGCCAACGCAACGAACAUUGCCGGCAAGUAUGACAACAUGGGAGACAAGAUCGCCUCAAAGAAAGGCAAACUAGAAGACGGAAUCACAACUGCUACCUACUACUCAUUCCUUGAUUACAACAAUCAAACCGAGCUGAGCAAAUUUGGACUGCACAACGGCGGCAACGACGACUCCAUGCUGCUGAAUGAGAAGUGGGAAGGAAUCACUCUCAUUCCAGUGGAGUGCACUACCGACGAAUACUUCCUGCUAACAGUAUCCGAUGACGACUUUAUUACGCAAAACGGUUUCAUGAAUUUUGGAAAGUUUCCGUACUCUGACUUGUCUGGGGCCAAUCUCGACAACCAGGCUCUCGUGUUCCACGUCAAGCUACCGGCUCUCACCCACGAGAACACGUGCACUGCCCUGAGCUCGCAGCCGGCAAACUCCACAAACGGAGCUGCUACAUCCAGUGCCGUGCAAGCCUUGCUCGAGACCCGGACAACCACGGCACACGGGUCUACAUCUUUGGCAGUGUCAAUUGCGAGCGAUGCGGGAAGUGGCCUGAGAUUUAGUGCUUUUGGCCUACUGCCGCUCGUGCUUGCCCUGCUGUAG